AUGCUCAGUCGCCUGGAAGAGAGGGGAUACAUAAACCAGAUCGUUGGUGAUCGCGGAGAGCUAGAGACCCUCCUUACUGAGCGACGGAUCGGGGUCUAUGUUGGAAUAGAUCCCACCGCAGCUUCCAUGCACGUCGGCCAUUUGAUCCCCUUUAUGGCAUUGUCCUUCAUGUACAUUCAUGGUUACAGCGCGCGCUACCUGCUCGGUGGGUUUACCGCGAGCAUAGGAGACCCAAUCGGUCGUCUUACCGACAGGAAGCAGGACAAGCCUGAAGUCCGGAAAGCGAAUAUGGUUGCCUUGCACAUGCAGCUCAAGAGAUUCAUGGACUCGGUCGAAAGAUAUGCAGCGCGACGAGGCUUCAUUCGAGAGUGGGCGUGGAGGAAAGCAUUGCACAACAAUGUACAUUGGUGGAAUAAAACUUCAGCAAGGGAUUUCCUUUCUGUUCUAGGGCGGCACAUACGUCUGGGCCCAAUGCUGGGUAGAGACACUGUCAAAACCCGACUCGAUGGUAACGGCAUGUCGUUCGCGGAAUUCAGCUAUCCAUUAGUCCAAGCUUGGGAUUGGUGGGAGCUCUAUAAAGGUGGUGUGCAACUACAGAUCGGAGGUGCUGAUCAGUUUGGGAAUAUUCUUGCUGGCGCAGAGGCAGUCAAAAGCAUUGCGAAGUCAGACCAUCCAUUUCAGGUGGAACUCUCGCGGGAAAGCAAAAUUGGAGGACGGGCGACGAAUGAUCCUUUGGGAUUCACCGUUCCUCUUUUGACGACUGCUGCAGGCGAGAAGUUCGGCAAAAGCGCAGGAAAUGCUGUGUGGCUUGACGAGUCGAUGACUAGUCCUUUCGAGCUCUACCAGUUCUUGGUCCGCUCCGCUGAUGCAGACGUCGACAAAUUCCUCCGACUUCUGACCUUCGUUCCGAUGCCAGAGAUUAAGUCUUUGAUGGAACAACACCAAUUGGACUCCUCGAAACGAAUUCCGCACCACAGACUUGCUAAAGAGAUCGUAGAGCUGAUUCAUGGCUUGGGGGCAGCAGAUAAAGCCGAGACUGAGCAUCGGGGCAUGUACGGAAAGGCGGUCACAAUAAAUAGCAUUCUGAAAACGCCUGACGCCCACACAAAGCCACCCUUGGAUGGGAAUCCCAAUGAAGGCUUCAUCAACCCUCAGACCAACAAACACGCUCAACCAUUGACUCGAGAGACUUCGGGCUCGCCUCACAUCAAAUUACCCCGAAGCCUAGUUAUCGGACAACCGCUUAGUCGAAUAUGCUGCUCGGCGGGUCUGGUUUCAUCCAAAUCCGAAGGCCAGCGGCUGAUCAACGCUGGAGGCUUGUACAUUGGAGGGAACUCAGAUGCGAAAGGUGGAAUGGAUGACGCGCUCAACUUCGCACCUGCCAAGAGUUCUGACUGGCAGUUACUGGAGAAGUAUGUAAUGGAUGAGAAGCUUCUAAUUCUGCGGGUCGGAAAAUGGAGGCUAAAGAUCAUCGAUAUCGUGUCGGACGAGGAGUAUGCUGAGUCUGGUCUGACUUGCCCUGGGUGGGAAAAGAGUGAGGAAGCAACGGCACCAAAAAACGAAUGA